CAUAUCGUGGGAAAUGACGUUCGUGUCAUUAGUUAUCAAAGUUUCCACGUGUUUCCAUGGCAGCGGGUCAUGACACCGAUCGCGCGAGUGGGAGUAUAGAUCCUCGAGACACCAAAGUGCGGUCAUCGGCUCUUGUGUAGUGUUUCUGAAAUACAUCGUUGCCAUAGCAGCUCUCUGUUCCCUGUUUGGCGAAGAAAUCAAUAAUGCCCUCGCCAGCACUGCGAUUGAAGGUGGGACAAGGCUCAUUGUAGCCAUCAGCGUCAUGUAUCGGAAGGACAAAAGUAUCAUGUGCAAAAACAGUGUCUCGGCACUGUCCAACAACUUGACAUGUUGCUUGGAAGCUGGCAAAGUGAGUUUGGCCUUCGUAAGCCGAUCGCAUGUCAACACCCUGAUGAAGUCACCCGACGGAACCGUCAACCACUCUCAAGUAACUUGCAAGGAUGUUGGUGGGAGUCCCUGCACGCAACUGAUCCAAGUCAAGUGGGUCCGAAUGGGAAACUCCAAGACGUUCCUAGUCAUCGCGUCGCAGCGAUCGUUCCAGAUCUUCGAGUGGGAUGGAUCAGUCUUUCUUCACUGUCAUCCCUUCUCUCAAGACCUCGACGCCAGUCAAGCUACCUACGGCCGCGGGAUAGGAACGUGUGGCUCGAGCCUUCUAUGCGUCGGUUGCCACAACGGAACUAUUCUUGUGCAUCUCAUUUCGCGCGACAACACCGUUACUUUCUGCCAGCGUGCCAAACAGCACGACUAUCCGAUCACAGACAUACACAGCUACGAUGACGUCAUGGCGAGCGCUGAUGACGGUGGCGCCAUCUGUUUGUGGAAAGGCAAAACGGCCAUUGCGUUGUUUCAUAAGCUGCCGACAGCGGGCGCGCCUUGUGUGAGCGUUCGCGUUUGGCACGAUUUGGUGGUUGCGGGAUACGCAACGGGACAUGUGCGCGUUUUCAGCACAGAAUCCUGUCAGCUUGUAGCUGAGGCGUCCGCUCAUGCGAGGUGGAUCUCGGCGAUUGAUGUGGCACCGGACACAGGACUCAUGCUCUCCGUGUCCGAGGACUCUUUUGUCCGCGUUUGGCAACUCGAUCGUGAUGGCGAAUCAACGAUUAUGCUCAAAUACAGCGCGACUAUCUCCAAUUCUCAGCUUGUAGGUGGCGCAUUCAUGGCUGAGGAUGGAAGUUCCUUUGCAGUUGUGGCUUACGAUUCGGAGGAAGUGUUCAUCUUCAAGAAAUAGCCUUGACAAUGGGCAAUGGUCAAAUGGAGGACGCCAAGUUAUACUGAAUCAAAACAAAUGUAUUGCUUACGCUGAGCACCAAACCAAACGUGUGGUGUGGUAUUACUAGCACAAAAUUACUUCAGAGGAAGGGCACUGCUAUUUAUGAAGAUAGCUAUGUCAACAUGAAACCGUUGUUAUAUGAUCAUGUAAAGUUAACCAAU